UUGAUUUUCGAUAUUAUAAAUCGAUCAACAGCAAAGCAAACAAUAAUAACAACCAUUGCAACUUCCUUUCUCAAUAUCUCCUGAACACCUAUACCUUUGUGCUAAUACCCGUGUGGUGUGCAGUUUCGUGGCCGGUGUUAUCUUGCGCGAGCGCAUACCGGCGUUCGAGCGUAUGUUGUGGCGCGCGUGCAGGGGUAACGUGUUCCUGCGACAGGCUGAGAUCGACACGCCGCUGGAAGAUCCUUCUUCGUCGGACCAAGUGUACAAGUCGGUGUUCAUCAUAUUCUUCCAAGGAGACCAGCUGAAGACCCGCGUGAAGAAGAUAUGCGAAGGGUUCAGGGCGACGCUGUACCCGUGCCCGGAGUCGCCCGCCGAUAGACGCGAGAUGGCCAUGGGUGUGAUGACCAGGAUCGAGGAUCUUAACACGGUCCUAGGCCAAACCCAGGACCACCGUCACCGCGUCCUGGUGGCCGCAGCGAAGAACAUCAAGAACUGGUUCGUGAAGGUGCGCAAGAUCAAGGCGAUCUACCACACGCUAAACCUGUUCAAUCUGGACGUCACGCAGAAGUGUCUCAUCGCUGAGUGCUGGGUGCCAGCGCUGGACCUGGAGACUAUACAGCUGGCGCUUAGGAGGGAACGGAACGCAGCGGUAGCUCAGUGCCCCCUAUCCUGA